CGGUAAGCAGCGGAGCGCUCUGAUUGGUCCACCGACUGGCAUCUCGUAAGCCCCUCCCACUCCCACAACAAGUCCUGGGAGCCAACUGCCAGCAGCAAGUUUUUCUUUUUUUUCGGGCAAACUGUCAAAUAAAGACUCAGAAAGGCCCGAAAAUGCUGGCUGACAUGAAGAACCGCUGUGUGUCUCUGCUCUAUGAGAAGUCCGUACUGUCAGACCAGUUGGCAGUGCUGGAGGAAAAAACGGGAGCGAAGAGAGAAUAUAUCGCCUUGGGUGCAGUGUCUCUGGCUGGAUUGUAUCUUCUGUUUGGACAUGGAGCUUCACUCUUGUGUAACCUGAUUGGCUUCAUUUAUCCAGCCUAUUUCUCAGUCAAGGCCAUUGAGAGCAACAGGAAGGAUGACGACACACAGUGGCUGACCUACUGGGUUGUCUAUGGAGUCUUCAGCAUUGCAGAGUCCUUCUCUGACAUCUUCCUCUCCUGGUUCCCCUUUUACUAUGUUGGCAAGUGCCUGUUCUUGAUCUGGUGUAUGGCUCCGGUCUCAUGGAAUGGCUCCCAAAUUCUGUAUAGUCGUGUCAUACGGCCCUUUUUCUUGAAACACCAGGCUGCCAUGGAAAGUGUUGUUGAUGACCUGAGUUCCAAGGCGAAGAGUGUGGCAGAGAAUGUCACUAAAGAGGCUGCUCAUAUUGCUCUCGGCCAUGACAAAAAACAGUGAUGGUGUAAUGAAGGCAGUGUGCAUGCACGUGUGGGUGUAGGUUGGUGCGUGGAUGAGUGAAUGAGCAUAUGUUUGUGUGAGUGCGUGUGUGUGUCUGGCUUUUGUUUUCCCUCCUGUGACGAAGGAUGAUGAUGGACUCCAUCAAGUGGUGAACAGGAACUUCACACUCCUGCCCGUGAAUAAAUGCCUUUUUGUUGUUUGUUUGUAUUUUUGUGCUGUGAUCUGCAAUCUAAUCUCAUCUUUAUGACUAUGUCAACUCUGAACUGAGCCAUGUUAUCUGCCAUGUCAGCAGCCUCUGAUUUUUCCUCUUUCCUGCUCACUUCUCUUCUUCAUCUGCACUAAUUCGACAAAGCAGGUGAAAAAAAUUCUGUUGGUGGCAAAAAUUAUCACUUUUAACUAACACCGGAGAUGAAGUAGUGGGUGGAGGAAUAGUCAAAAUUAUUCAGGUACGUUUCUAAUUUAUCUGUUUAGGAUAAAUAUUUUGGAAUUAUAGCAUUAAGGUAAAAAAGUGGGUCGCCUUAAAACUUCAGUUAACAACAUAAUCUCAUUGUGUUGUUAAUCACAACUGCAGCUUUUAUCUGUGGUUAAGCUUUUCACACUUGGUGCUUUAUUCUGUGUAUUAUGUGAACUCGUGCCAAAUAUUUCAAAUUUGUUUGACACUGUGGGAAACUUCCUAUUUUAUGACUUUAACUGGAAGGUGGCUGCCUUAUGUCUUACUUUUUCUCAUAAUGAUGGAAGUAAUAAAACUGGAAUCUUAGUUACCUGAA